CAAAAGCCAAAACGAUCAAACUGCAAUAUUGCAAGUCAGAAGCUGAGAGAAUCUCCUAUGAGAGACUCAAAUCGAUCGUUGAAAUAGCAUUUGACCAUUCUUGGCGUGGCUCAGUCUCGUGCCCCUUCGACGUCAUCCCUCUAUCGCCUGUCUUUCUUGACACGUAGUGGUAGCUGGAAGUCUUCAAGCCAAAGAAACAAACCACUUCUAAACCGGCGCAACUUUCCCCUGCUACCCAGCACUUUAACCACAAACCACUACAAUGAUCUACUCUACGCAAAUAUCAAGGCUUGAUGGCCUUAUGCUCUGUGCCUCAGUCGAUGAUGAACAGGCCGAGUCCACCCUCGCAGAGACCAAGCAGAACGUGCGCCAGGUCCUCCGCAAGCUCACACGCAACUCCGAGUCCCAGGCCUCCAUCGAGACCCCCAACCAUACGCUGCACUACCUCAUCGACUCGGAUAUCGUCUUCCUCGCCAUCUGCGCUCCCUCGUACCCUCGAAAGCUUGCCUUUACCUACCUAGCCGACCUCGCACGCGAGUUCACAACCACCUACCCAGCAUCUCAGGUCCACUCUCCUGCUCUGCGACCCUACGCUUUCAUGGAGUUCGACACCUUCAUCUCGAAGACAAAGACAACCUACGCCGAUUCCCGAGCCUCGGCUAACCUCGAUAAACUUAACGAUGAGCUGCGCGAUGUGACAAAGGUAAUGACCAAGAACAUUGAGGAUUUACUCUACCGUGGAGAUAGUCUGGAGCGCAUGGGAGAGAUCAGCUCGAGGCUGCGUGAUGAUAGCAAAAAGUAUCGACGAGCUGCUGUGCGUAUCAACUGGGAACUGCUUCUUAAGCAGUACGGACCCUUUGCGGCUCUUGGGUUCAUCAUCAUCUUUUUCCUGUAUUGGCGGUUCUUUUAAGAAAUGCAAGCGAGCUGUUUCUAUUCAUACAUCUAAUACUUAAGUCUGGCCACUUGUACUUUACUCUGGGAGUGUGCAAUUUGAGAGCUACGAUUCAACA